CUUGAGUAAAACUAUACAAGUAUAUUGAUUUUAUUUUUCUUCAUAAAAAAAUACAGGCACCUAUAAAUUUUGUUAUGGGCCCUAAAGGAAACAGUUAAGCUAGGUUGCUAGUAGUGUGGAGACAAGUAGGAGCCAUGACUGUGGUUAUCGGUUUUGAGGGCAGUGCCAAUAAGAUCGGCAUAGGGAUCAUAAGGGAUGGGGAAGUGUUGUCGAACCCUAGACGUACCUAUAUUACUCCACCUGGUCAAGGUUUCCUCCCAAGAGAAACAGCCAAACAUCAUCGUGCUGUCAUCCUGACUGUCCUCCGUGAAGCACUAGAUGAAGCUGGUUUAAAGCCUGCGGAUAUUGACUGUGUAGCAUACACCAAAGGGCCAGGGAUGGGUGCCCCGCUGCUCACUGUGGCUUUGGUGGCUAGGACAGUCGCACAGCUCUGGGGCAAACCAUUAGUAGGAGUGAAUCACUGCAUCGGGCACAUUGAAAUGGGCCGACUGAUCACGGGUGCUAACAACCCCACUGUGCUGUACGUCAGUGGCGGUAAUACUCAGGUAAUCGCUUACUCUGAAAGACGAUACAGAAUUUUUGGUGAAACUAUAGACAUUGCUGUGGGAAACUGCUUGGAUCGCUUUGCCAGAGUCAUCAAGAUAUCCAAUGACCCCAGUCCUGGCUACAACAUUGAACAAAUGGCAAAGAAGGGAAAGCAUUAUAUAGAGCUUCCAUACACAGUGAAGGGAAUGGACGUUUCAUUCUCUGGGAUUUUAUCCUACAUUGAGGAGAUGGCAAACAAGAUGUUGAGUUCUGGCCAGUGCACAGCAGAGGACCUGUGCUUUUCCCUUCAGGAAACUCUCUUCUCCAUGCUGGUGGAGAUCACAGAACGCGCCAUGGCUCACUGUGGCUCCCAAGAGGUCCUCAUCGUGGGAGGAGUAGGCUGUAACCUCCGGCUGCAGGAGAUGAUGGGCAUCAUGUGUGAGGAAAGAGGAGCGCAUCUCUUCGCCACAGAUGAGAGGUUCUGCAUUGACAAUGGAGCAAUGAUCGCACAAGCUGGCUGGGAGAUGUUCCGCAUGGGGCAGGUAACUGAGCUGUCAGAUUCCUGGAUCACACAAAGGUACAGGACAGAUGAAGUAGAAGUUACCUGGAGAGACUGAGAUCUAUAUUGUCAGAUUUUUUUUUUUUGGAAAAUGCCAAAUAAAUAAGAUUUUGAUAUGGA